AUGGCACAACUGAAGGCUGAGACCAAGUGCUCCAUCUGCCUGGAUGACCUGGUGGACCCUGUCACCAUCCAGUGUGGACACAACUUCUGCCGUGCCUGCAUCUGGCAGUCCUGGGCCAACUUGAAGGACAAGUUCCCUUGCCCUGUGUGCCGCUUUGAGUGUGAGAAGUACUACUACUGGAGCAACAAACAGCUGGGCAGCAUGGUGCAGAUUGUCAGCAAACUGCACAGCAGCCACAGCAAAAGGCAGCGGCCAGGGAAGACCAACCUGUGUGAGAAGCAUAAUCAGGAGCUGACGCUGUUCUGUGAGAAGGAUCUGGAGGUGCUGUGCCCCCAGUGCUUGUGGCUCCCCAAUCACAGUGGCCACCGCUUGAGUCCCCUGAGAGAGGCCGCAAUGCGGCACCGGGCACGACUGCACAACUAUGCCAAGGUCCUCCGCCGGAAGGCAGUUGACACUCAGAAGCUCAUCAGAAUGCAGAGAAGGGUGCCUCUGGAGCUGAGGGAGAAGGCAGAGGCCCUCAGACAGAAACUGGCCUGUGAGGUAGAGUUACUGAGCCAGUUUCUGGCGUGCAAGCAGCAGGCAGCCUUGGAGCAGCUGGCUGAGGAGGAACAGCAGAUCCGACGGAAGCUCAGUGACAACAUCUCUGCCUUUGCUAGCUAUGGGGCUUCCCUCAAGAGCCUACUAGCCAGGGUGGUAGAGCACAGCACAUUGUCCAAGGUAGAGCUGCUGUCACAGAUUAAGCACUUCUACCAGGGCUCUGACUGUGAGAUCAAUCAGCCCAUCUUCUCCAUUGACCUGCAGAGGGAGGCCUACAGUUUCCCUCCCCAGUACUCAGCACUACAGAAGAUCAAGAAGAAGUUCCAUAUGGACAUCAUCAUAGAUCCUGAAACAGCCUACCCCAACCUCUUCAUCUCUGCUGACCUGAAGUGUGUGGGGUUUGCAAAGAAAAAGGCAAGCCAUCUACAUGUGUCCAGAAGCUCCACUGCCAACUUCGUGGUGCUGGGCUACCCAAAUUUCUACACUGGGCGGUAUUUCUGGCAAGUGAAAGUUGGUGAUGUGCCUCAGUGGGCCGUAGGGGUGUGCAGGGCCUCACUGUCCUCCAAGAAUCAGUGGUCUGGGCAGGGCUGUUGGUGUGUGCAGCUGCAGGAUGGGGGCUACAAUGCCCCGGGAGCUGAGCCUGCUGUGAUACAGCUGGACGUGCGUGAUCGGACCCUGGGUGUCUUCCUGGACUAUGAACUGGGUGAGGUGUUGUUCUACGACAUGCCCGAGGGUGCACACAUCUGCACCUUCAGCACCUCCUUCAAUGAGCCGCUGCUGCCUUACUUCUACAUCGGGCCAAACUCCAGACCACUCAGAAUCGUCAGGGAAUAA